AUGAGCUCUGAAGAAGAUUGGUCUAUCAUCUCCUCUCUGAGCGAUCUUGAUGAAGAUCAGGCAACGAUUGAUAGCCAAAAUGAUGACUUACCGGCCUCCGAUUCCAACAAUGUUUCGAGUAUAGCCACAUUGAAGAUCCCAGUGUUGGAAUCUGGAUCUUCUCCUAAGGGAAGAAGUGAUUCAGGGUCCAGUGUGUUGACUGUGAAGAGGGGGGCAAUUAGGGGGGAAGAUGUCACCGCUGAUAAUACUGUCACAGAGGUUACAGAGGGAGAUGAAGAGAAAGGCACCGAAAGCUUGGAUACCACAGCAGCAAACUUACUCGUUCCUGUGAACACUCAGUCAUCUGGUUCUUCCACGGAUUCUUCAAGUGCCUUGACCAGUGCUUCAGUGCCAUCCUCCUCAAGAAUUCAAAGUACCAUUGAGUACUACGAAACCAUUGCCAAAGAAUUCAGAAGCGGACUCACUUCGAGCUUCAAAAAGCACUUCAGCAGCAAGGAAAACGUAAAGGAGAUUGACGAGGAACACGCAGACACAGAUUCCUCUUCAGUUCUGACCCCAGAACCAGUUUUAACAACUGAGAUCCCUGGAGACGUAGACAACGCUGACCAUUUCAAGCAAAGAGUAGAUCAGGCUCUCGCAGAGCUCAAUAAUUCGCAAACUGGGAAGAAUAUUAUUUUCUUCUUCAGCUUGUUCACUAUUAUCGUCGGAACAUUUGCUCUGGUUUACUUGAGCUCCUUACUUUUUAUAUCGGUGGUAUCGAAGGUGUCAACAGCAUGGUCACCCCCUCCAGUCACAUCUAAUCCAGAAACCCUGCUGCCAUUCACAGCAUUUUGGAGCCAAGUGUGGAAGGGGAGUCCAGCACCGGUACCAGCACCACCUCCUCCAUCUGGUGUACUCUCGUAUUUAUGGUUCGGUAAAGGCCAAACUCCUCCCCCACCCCCAUCCUCAUCAGUUCGUCUUUAUUCUAAUCUCAAGGAGGACGUGGACAGAUUUUUCCAGUCGUUGGAUAAGUCUGCGGUCGCAAUUUAUGAAACUCUGAGCAAUGGCUUAUACAAGCUUUCAGAUAAAUUUCUCAAGGAUUACGACAAGGAGUAUUUCCAACGACUCCAAGAGCACCUCGAUGAACAGUUUCUGGAUAUCGGGAAAUCCAUUGUUCAACACAGUAAGAAAUUCUCCAGAAAGUCCAUUGAUUUUGAGCUGCAGUUGAGAUCCAAUUCCAUCACCAUUGUGAAAUUUUUACAUAGGCACUCAAUCAAAUUCGGAAAGCAGUUUACUGAAGACUCCGUCUUAGUUGGGAAAUUACUUCAAACACAUUCAAUUUACUGGGGAAAUAAACUUGGAAAGUACUCAAAAUUGUACGGCAACUACGUUCAAAGAGUGUGCAGCACGUAUUUGACUGAAUUUACAAAACAUUCUAAGGUAUUGGGCACUGAAUUAACGGUUCAAUCUCAGACUUGGGGCAAUGUGUUUUGGAAACAAUCAGUGAAAACUUCUCAACAAGGUUUGAAAUUUGCAAGUGCUUGUUACACAAAGCUCACGGCGUGUAAGGAUUAUGUUCAAGGCAUCGUUGAAGACGACCAAGGACUAAUCAGAGUGUUUCUCAAAGAUGCUGCACUUCAAGGGAAGAGGAUCAAUAAGGCGGCAUUUUCUAUGAUAUGA